CAAUGGGCAAUCAGCUGGUAGCAUUAGCGCCAUCUCAAAUUUUCCCCGUAGAACAUUAUCUUACGGGGACGUUCGAGUUUGAGCUACAGUUCGAAAAAAGCAUGGGCAGCACACGCUUUAUGAAGGUGGCCAAGGUAAAGGUUGACGAAGGUCCGGCGGUUGUGAAGGUAUUUGUCCGGCACGAUCCUUCCCUCCCACUGGAGCAGCAUCUCGAGCGUAUCGAGUACAUAAAGAAGCAUCUCGCCAAUGCGGUCAACUGUUUACCGUUCCAGAAAGUGCUGACGAUGGAAAAAUCGUGCCUGAUCGUGCGACAGUACGUAAAGCACAGCCUGUACGAUCGCGUCUCGACCCGCCCAUUCCUAACACUGAUCGAGAAGAAAUGGAUCACGUUUCAAAUACUGUGCGCGUUGCAUCAGUGCCACAAGCAAAAAAUUUGUCAUGGCGAUAUCAAGCUGGAAAACAUACUGAUCACCUCGUGGAACUGGGUGCUGCUGUCGGACUUUGCCUCGUUCAAGCCUACUUACCUGCCGGAAGACAAUCCGGCCGACUACAGCUACUUCUUCGAUACAAGCCGCCGGCGCACGUGUUACAUCGCACCGGAACGGUUCGUGCGUUCGUCGAGCGGGGAAUCGAUACAGCCGAAGGAUGGACCGCUGGUAGGCGAUGGGCAGUACUAUGGUGGACAUUUGCUGCCCGAGAUGGACAUUUUUUCGGCGGGCUGUGCAUUGCUGGAGCUGUGGACGGAAGGUACGGCACCGUUUGAAUUUUCCCAGCUGCUCGCUUACCGUCGGGGUGAGGUGGAUAUGGUGCGCAAGCAUCUGGAUGGGAUCGAGAACGAGCGGUUGCGUGAGCUGGUCGAAUCGAUGCUCAGCUUAGAUGCGCGUGAACGCAAAUCAGCCGAACUGUACCUUGAUCAGGAGCGCGGAAUGCUGUUUCCCGAGUAUUUCUAUUCAUUUUUGCAGUCAUAUUUGCAAAUGUUUUCUACCGUUCCGGUGGUACCGCCGGACGAGAAAGUGUCCCGGCUGCACAGUGACAUUGGGCAGAUAAUUAAAAUUUUAACCGGCAACGAUCGAGGGCGAACGGAUAAAGUCAGCGUACAGGAGGACGAUGAGCCAGAAAGUACCGGCCAUCUUGAAUCAUGCGAUGAUGAUGAUGAUGGAUUAAUACUGAUCACAAGCGUCGUUACGUCAUGCAUUCGUGGGCUAAGCUUUUGCCGAUCCAAGCUACUUUCGCUCGAAAUUCUGCAAGCUCUCGCCGAAAACACAACCUCCGAAACGAUCCUGGACCGCAUACUCCCAUACAUCCUUCACCUAGCCCAGGACGCUGCACCACGUGUAAGGGUCUGCUCCCUCAACACACUCACCCGCUGCCUGCGCAUGGUCCGCAAGCUACCCCGAAGCGAUGCGAACGUUUUUCCCGAGUACAUUCUACCCUCGAUAGCACCGCUCGCAACCGACAGCUCCACGUUCGUGCGCAUGACGUACGCACGCAACAUAGCAGCGCUGGCCGACACAGCCGUUAGCUUUCUGGAGCAAUCGCAGCAAAGUUGCACCUCGGAAAACAUGCCACCACCACACUACGAGACGGAACUGAGCGCACUGCACGAGAUGCUGCAUCAGACCGUACUGUCGCUGCUAACGGAUGCACAGUCUGCCGUUAAGCAGACGCUGAUGACGUCCGGCAUAACGCAGCUGUGCGUGUUUUUCGGCCGGCAAAAGGCGAACGACGUUAUUCUGUCGCACAUGAUCACGUUCCUGAACGAUAAGGAGGAUCGAAACUUGCGAGGUGCCUUUUUUGACUGUAUCGUUGGCGUCGCGUCGUACGUUGGGUGGCACUGUGCACCGAUGCUGCUGCCGUUGCUCCAGCAGGGACUUACCGAUCCGGAAGAAUUUGUCAUUGCGAAAGCGAUCCACGCCACUACGGUGCUGGUGGAGUUGGGACUCAUCCAGAAGCAGGGCACGAUCGAGUUUAUCGACGAGUGUGCCUGCUAUUUGGCGCAUCCGAAUCUUUGGAUCCGGCACGAGGUGGUGGAGUUGAUUGCAACGGCCGCUCGAAUACUGACCGCUAUCGACGUCCAGUGUAAGAUACGUCCCUCGAUUGCGGUACAUCUAAGGUUUCCGCUGAUAGAAAUCACCUGUCCGGAGUUGCUGUUGGAUUGCUUGCUACCGCCAAUCCCACGCAAUAUCUACGAUGCGGUACUACGCUUCGGACCGGACAUUGCUCCACUGGUUGGGGUGUUGUGCGAACGGAAGGCGGCCCGUAAGCGACGGACGAGCGAAUCGGAAUCGGGCCAACCGGUUCUACAGACACCGUACAUUGGUGAGCAGAUGCCACCCGCAAUCCAGCAACUGCUCCGGCGGCUUACAACGGAAGGUUUGACGGAACAGAUCGAGGAGCAGCUGCUUGCGAUGAGAUCUCAUCUGAUGAAACUGCACCAUUACAAGAUGGCGGAAACGCGUCACACACAUCAGCAGUCCGGACGUAUCGUGCUCGAAUACUAUCCGGAUGUGAUGGGUGAGGUUCAGCUUGCGGCUGAUUCCAUGGGUUCUCUCACGACAAAAGGACCAACCCUAAGGCACACCAGUGGUGGAGGUAAUGGAGGAGCAGGUGGAACAGGUACAUCGGACGGACUUGAGCUAACGAAACCGGGCGGAUCGGCACGAACCUCACGCAAGAGUGAAUCGGACAGUGCCCAAGACUGGCAGCACAUGCUGAGUGCGACCGAUUCACCUUCGCCAACGUCUCCCACGGCAAGUGAGCUGACCGGCACCGUUAUGCCCGCCCCGCCAGUAGCCGCCACUGGUGCAUCCGUACCGAUGGCAGCAGCCGCUGCCCUACCCCCCACCGUGCACCAUUCCACGCCCACCUCGAGUUUGGUCGAGUACAGUCUACCGGAGCGUACCACCGGCUACCAGGAACGAAUGUCUGACUGUAGGCUAGAAAUGGAAGCACUCGUGUCGAAGUUACGCACCCGCUUCGCCACCUACCAGCGGCACCGUGAGCUAAGGGAAACGAAUCAAGCGACACCACCGCUUCCGGCCGGUUGGCGUCUUGGCGGCACGCUCGUUGCUCAUCUGGCCGAACACAGGGCAGCGGUUAGCAGGAUGGCGGCGCUGAAACCUCACACCGGAUCACUGUUUGCGAGCGCCUCCAUCGACGGGACGGUCCGAUUGUGGGACUGUAACAAGCUGGACGGGCAGCAAUCGGUUAACCGUUCCCGUCAGUCGUACCACGCCAAUACACCCCUGCACGCUGUUGCGGCCUGUGACGCGGGACAAUCGCUUGCAGUGGCCGGAAAGGACGGUACGCUGCUUCUACUCAAAAUCGACACCAACUCCAGCAAAAUGGCACUACAACAGGCGCGCCAUUUCGAAGCCGAUACGCGCUACCCCAUCUCGACCGAAUCGGGAGAAAAUGGCGGACAGGGUGAUGAUGGACCGGUCGUUGAGAUGCAUCCACUCGAUCAAGGCGCACAGAGUGUGAUCGUGUACGCGACACUGUACGGUGCGCUGGUCGGUUGGGAUAUCCGCAUGCCGGACUACGCGUGGCGCUUGCAGAGCGAUCUGCGCAACGGCGUUAUCACCACGUUCUGUAUCGAUCCGUCCAGCUCGUGGCUAACGGUCGGCACUAGCAGCGGACGGCACGUGUGCUGGGAUUUACGCUUUCAGCUACCGAUUGCGGAAAUUAAGCAUCCGCACGAUGCACGGAUACGGCGCGUUUCACACCAUCCGACCGAAUCGUCCUGGCUAGUGUCAGCAUCCCAGGGCAAUAGUGAGGUGUACGUGUGGAACAUCGAAACUGGUCACCGGCAGCAGGCGUACUGGGCCAGCUCGAGUCCACCGCUCUCGAAUAGUAAUGCUUCAUCGCACUCGGUUUGUGCGCUGCUGCCGGGCGUUAACGAGGGCAACCCGUUCCUGCUGACUGGCGGUACCGAUCAACGGUUGCGCUACUGGGAUCCGGUGAACAUUGAAAACUGUGCACUGGUUGUACCGUCGGCACGUGAUUAUGCACCACUCAACGUGAGCUACGAAUCACGGCUGAUCGAUGGUACGAAAGUAAUCUCCGAGAUAUACUGCAACAGCAACAACAAUAACAGCAAUGUGCAGCUCAACAACAAUACCACACCCAGCAACAGCAACAGCAACAAUACCAACAACAACAAUAAUAAUAAUCUAGGCAGUGGCGCGACUACCACCAACAAUCCCAGCAUGCCCGUUGGCAACAAUAUUGGCACGGGUGCCGGUACAAGCACCGGCACCGGGCCCGGUAUGGUUGGCGGUGGUACCGUUGAGCGGGGCAAUCGCUCGGAUGAUGACCACCGCGUAGGGCCGGAAAUGCCCGCCCAGGGCCACAACGAUGUGAUCAGUGAUCUGCUAAUGUGUCGCACGGCGAAACAAACGUUCAUCGCGUCCAGCAGCCGAGAUGGAGUGAUCAAACUUUGGAAGUAAGUUUAUCUCA